AGCGAUGACACCCAGGCCUGCGCGCGGCGAUGACGCACAACGUCCGGGCAGGCGAGUCGGUUAGAGUGGAGGGGUGCGGCGCCCACCAUGACCCAGCAGGGCGCGGCGCUGCAGAACUACAACAACGAGCUGGUCAAGUGCAUCGAAGAACUGUGUCAGAAGCGGGAGGAGCUGUGCCAGCAGAUCCAGCAGGAGGAGGAUGAGAAGCAGCGGCUGCAGAACGAGGUGAGGCAGUUGACGGAGAAGCUGGCCCGUGUCAACGAGAACCUGGCGCGCAAGAUCGCCUCUCGGAACGAGUUUGACCGCACCAUCGCGGAGACGGAGGCCGCCUACCUCAAGAUCUUGGAGAGCUCGCAGACUCUGCUUAGUGUCCUGAAGAGAGAGGCCGGGAACCUGGCUAAGGCCACAGCUUCAGACCAAAAGAGCAGUGGAGGCAAGGACAGCUGACGAAGCUGGGUGGGCCGGGGCAGGCCCUGUCUCUGCUGUGCCUGUGAUGACUCAGCCCCUUGCACAUCUGUCUUGAAGCAUCUUUGUUCUUCACGGUGGCAGCUCCCUUCUCACAUUUCCAGUGCCCAGAGCGGCAGCUGCAUCUCCACUGCUCUUGGGUGACAAGAGCCCUUGGCACAGCGAAUGGGUGGAGUCCUCAUUCACCUACAAGGAGUGUGGGACAGUGGGCUCUAUGUCAGCUCCACAUGGGGCCUCUGAGGCCCCUGUACUCCCUUGGGGUGCCAGAGAGGUCCUGGUUCUAGUCUAGUCACAGAAGUAUGGGAGCCCUUCACUUUGUCCCUGAUCAGCUAGUGGGGACCUGGGUUCAGACAAGUGAGAAAGAGUGCCUCCUUCACCCUGGAUCCCAAGCCUCAAGGCCUGGCCCCGGGGCCUGUGACUGUCAAUAAAGGUUGUCUUUGCAAAGA